AUGGAAGAGGGAAAUCACUCGGUGGUGACUGAGUUCAUUCUCUCAGGACUCACAGAUCGUCCAGAGCUGCAGCUCCCCCUGUUUUGGGUGUUCCUCCUGAUUUAUGUUCUCACUCUGGUGGGAAAUGGGGGAAUGAUCUUGUUAAUUAUGAGUGACCCCCGACUCCACACCCCCAUGUACUUUUUCCUUGGGAAUUUGUCUUUCUGUGAUCUCUGCUAUCCCUCAGUAAUUGCCCCUAAGAUGCUGCAAAUUUUCUUAGCUGAGCAGAAAAGCAUUUCUCACACUGCCUGUGCUGUGCAAAUGUAUUUCUUUAUCGCUUUUCAAGAUAUUGAGUGUUUCUUGCUGGCUGUGAUGGCGUAUGACCGUUAUAUGGCCAUCUGUAACCCGCUGCUCUAUAUGGUCACCAUGUCCAGACAGCGUUGUAACCUGCUGCUGGCUGGGGUGUAUGUGGUGGGCUUGGUAGAUUCUAUGACACACACGUGUCUGACAUUCAGGCUAUCAUUCUGCGGCUCCAGCAUCAUCAAUCAUUUCUUCUGUGACAUGCCCCCGCUGCUGGCGCUCUCCUGCUCUGACACCCGCAUCAAUGAGAUCGUGAUGUUUGCCUUCACGUGCUUCAUUACUCUGAACAGCGGUGUGACCAUUCUCCUGUCCUAUGUCUAUAUCUUCUCCACGAUCCUGCAGAUCCGCUCUGCCGAGGGCCGACGCAAAGCCUUCUCCACCUGCACUUUCCACUUGAUUGCGGUGGUCAUAUUUUAUGGCAGUCUCCUAUUUACGUAUUUACGACCCACCUCCAGCUAUUCCAUGGACGUAGACAAAAUAGCCUCCGUGUUCUACACACUGGUGAUCCCUUUUUUGAACCCCCUCAUCUACAGCCUGAGGAACACAGAGGUGAAGGAUGCUCUGAGGAAAGCAAUGAAAAAACUCCAGAGGAGAAACCUCUUUUUCUCUUUGCUCAUGGCAUCAACACCAUUUGAAGGGGAUAAAAAGGCCCACUGGACUGGGGGAAGCUUUGGGCUGAAAGGCAUCCACCUGUUAAGACUGCAAAAGCAGGUGGUGAUAUAUAUCUUUGCUUUCAAUUCGUUUAGUUUGAGGUGA